AUGAGUGACAUUGAAAGUCUACGUCAAGAAGCCGAGUCGCUCAAAAAUCAAAUUCGUGAUGCUCGAAAGGCAGCUUGUGAUGCUACACUGUUACAAGUAGCACAAAAUGUCGAUCAGAUCGGUCGCAUUCAAAUGCGCACAAGACGAACUCUUCGCGGUCAUCUGGCGAAGAUCUAUGCCAUGCAUUGGGGUUCCGAUUCAAGUUCAUCCUCUAGAAAUUUAGUAUCAGCUUCUCAAGAUGGAAAACUCAUUGUAUGGGAUUCAUACACUACGAACAAGGUUCACGCUAUCCCACUUCGUUCAUCUUGGGUAAUGACAUGCGCUUACGCACCAUCUGGAAAUUUUGUUGCCUGUGGUGGUCUCGACAAUAUUUGUUCAAUUUAUUCAUUGAAAACACGUGAAGGCAAUGUACGUGUCAGUCGAGAAUUACCUGGCCAUACCGGAUAUUUAUCCUGUUGUCGUUUUCUUGAUGAUUCUCAAAUCGUGACAAGUUCAGGAGACAUGACCUGGAAGACGAAUCGCGGCAAUAGCGACGACGAAGUCGCUCGUCGUUGA